AACCUGCAAUGAGAAAAUGUAGUUGUUUACAGAUCGAUAGGAGAACUAAAAUGGAGGAAACGUACACGUGGUCUCGAUUUUGUUUUCAUUCUGGUAGGGCCCUAACAUUUGAAUAUAGUGCCUAGUGGUUGUGACAAGAAUGGCGGCCGAGCGCCCACGGCGAAGGAUAACGCAACCGUGCUUGGAAUACAAUGGGGGUCUUCUCCACAAAGAAGAAAUUAUGUUACGGAGGGCUAUGUAUGCCUCUCUAGUAGAGUCCAAGAAGCCUUCGCCAAGCAAGCUGUCCGGACAGCAUUCAAUGACAAGUGAUGAAAGAACUGUUGACGAUGUCUCACAUAAUGUUGGUGCUGAAUCAGGCAUACAUGUAGAAGCAGUUAAUAACAAACAUUGUAGCAGUCAUGAUGAAUUUGACAACAAUAACAAGCAUGGUCAAUCUGAGCUAAACAAGGAUGAACAUGGUGUUGAGGUGCAUGCCUUCCCCUCACUUAGCAAUGCUAAAACAGCAAAGAACAAGAAAACUGCCAAGGAACCAAGCAAACUUUUAAAUUAUGUGAUCAAGAAAAAGAAAGAGAAGAAAACUAAACUAAAAGCUUUAUUUAGAACUGCAUCACCAUCCAAUCUUCAAACUCACAGUGACACUGGUAUGGCUGGUUUUUCUACAAAUGAACAUGGGGCAGUGAGCAUAAAGCGGCACUCACCUAGUUUACCUUGCAAUGGAAAAUCAAAAAAGAGAAAGAGACAGAGAGGUGCCCUAGCAGUUUUUGUAGCCAUGAAUAAAUCUGCAGGAGGUAAAAUAAAUAAUAACCAUGGCCUGAGCAAAGAACUACUUUUAAAAACCAAAAAGAAGAGGAGGAGAAAGAGAAAAAACCUUGAGAGUCAAGGAUGUCAAGCUGACAGCACUGCGAAUUUGGAUGGUAGCAGACAACGUGGUGUUGAAAGUGAGGAAUCACCAGUGAAGAAAUCUAGAAGGGAAGAGAAAAAAAGACCAAGCAGAAUGGUCCAUGCACAGAGGAAAUUUGCAAAGAACCAUCCACUGAGUCCAAACAGCAUGAGAUACCAGGAGGAAGCAAAUCUGCUAUCGACUGCUUGUACAAGAGCAAAGACUGAAGAUUUCCUCACUUUCCUUUGUUUAAGACAUAAUCCUGUCUUGCCUAAAGAGCUUGAGGUCUUCAAUCAUCCUUGUCUGCCAAUGUCACCAUUAUCAGAGGAAGAAGAAGACAAUUCUUCCCCACCCUCUCCCACUCAGUCUCAGUCGUCAAUGUCAAAUGCGUCAAACCCGUCAAGUGCUGUCCAGAAAUCCUAUUCAGACUCCCCAGCCCCGUCUGUGGAUAGUCCAGCGAUGGGUGAGGGGCCCUCUUGGGAGAGUGGUGUUGUUAGAAUGUACGCUGAUGGUCCUAAGGGACUCGCUGCCAAUGGCAAAGAGGAAAAGAAAUACGAUGAGCUUCUUCCAAGUGAUGAGGCAGAUAGUCCAAGAGAGCUCACCAAGUCUGUCACACCUCCAUUAGCCUUCAGAGUGUCUUGCCGUCCUACGAACUUGUCAACGUACAGGUCAAAGGACAAGCAGUUACCAAGACCCAUUCCUAAACCCUUCGCUGUCAAACCUACUUUAACAGGAGCUUCGGUCACGAGAACUUCAUAUUCUCCUUUGACGGGUAACGGAGGUGAUAGUGUCAUUUCUCGUCCCCCUCCCCUGUUACAAUCAUCAGAAUCGUCGUCCUGCUCUCCGCCCCCUCCACCCCUGCUGUACAUCCCUGCCGCGGCUCAAAGAGUCACUCAUCUCCACGGGCCUCCCACGCUGCAGAGAUUUCCUUCCACGUCACCUACACGUGAUCAAAAGAACGAAGCACGUGCAGAGCUGCCCCCGAAGCUGUCAAUCAUUCAAGAUGAAGGACCACCGCCUUUGAAGAGAUUUCCCCCUGUUGUCAUAGACCUUGAAGGCGCGAAUAACAACGAGUCGACGGAAAGAAACGUGAACAAAUCAGUCACAGUAGAGGAUAAUUUAUCAGAGUUCCAGCCACGUUCGUUGUGGACUCAGAAUAAAAAUGAAUCGAAGGCUGGAGCUACAGUGGUUAAAACUGAGAGAUCGAGCACUUCUCUGUGCGACUUAACUAAAAUUUCAGACGUAGAAGCAGGGGUUAAUAGGACCACAUCCCCCUGGAGUAGCAAAGAAAUGCCUCUGCUGCGGAGACACUCUUCAGCAAGCCAAUAUAGCGAUGCUCCCGUUGAAGAGAUGUCGUUUAGGAUUUCACGUGCGAUCAACUGUAGCAGCAGUCCACCUCGGCUUCAACGUGUAGCUAUCCCAGUAGACUCCGGUAGCCGAACACCGCCCGGUCGAGUUGAACCGUCCGGCGCUCGUGGUGAAACCUCACGUAAUCACCUUGAAUCGUCCAGUGGUCGAUUUCCGUCUCAUCCGCCAAUUCUUGUAAGACAUUCGACGGGUUUUUUGGAAGAAAGCGUUGGUCCAGCAUCGCUUCAAAAGAAUACACUAACUCCUAGCAUUGACCACAAUCGGCGGCAUCCUUCACCUUUCGGGGAUUUAACGUCUUCUAGACACGAAAACGCGCAAUCAUUUCAAGAACGUAGUUACGCUAGAACUAUUCCCGUCGCUGGACCCCUGGCCUCCUCAAGGCAUUCUCCACUCUUCAUGUCGUACAAAGAAAAAUUCAAGAGUACCUAUGUCUUCUCAAACCGUCAGACGUUUCCUCAGGCAGAGAAUGAACCUAGGCCUGUGCAAGUAAGCUCCUUGGUCGUGCCCAGAAACAAUGGUGUCAGCUUGGCAUCAAACCGCUCCGAAGUUAAUUUAAUGAGUUUUCAGUCAUCAGUCGAUGGUUUUGGCCGAUCGGAUGAAAGGCAGCCCUGUCGCUCCAUGUACAAUCAGUAUGCGAGACCUUCCUCAUCUUCUUAUGUUCAUCGACCGCACGAUAAACUCUCGAGUGGAGUAAAUACUGGUGCAGUGUCAGCUAAUAGGCAGUUUAACAAUUCGCCUGUGGAAUUUAAGCGAAUCCCUUCUCCAAGAUCGGACUUGUUCAGCGGCAUUUCACCAGAACCGGUUAAUACUGUGUGUAUUCCACACGUGGAUGUCACGUCCCGGAGUUCCUUGCGUUCUGGAAAGCAACAGCCGACGUUACGAUCGGCUAUUGGACGAAAUGAAAACGUGACUCACAGCUUGCCCCCAACGUGGUCUCAUCUGCAGUCGCCCUAUUCCAUACCUUCUGCUUCACGGAAUUCUCCUCCCAAACCGUACACUUUCUCUGUGAAUCUGUCUCAGUCUGCCCGUCAAUCUGGCGCGUAUUCUGUUUCACAUUCGAAUUCAAAGACACGGACUAUAGAUGGAUAUUCGUUGGGUCCGCUGGGAUCAAGCGAUGGGCACCAGGUGUCUGUUAUUCAACGUGCAAGUGUCAGCAAAGGCGAGCCACUGAAUAGCGCCCAGCGCGAGCUUUGUGUAGGUGAACAAGAAAAUUACAGAACGUACCAUUUGCCAACUGCCUUCCAAGGAAGAGAUUCGCGGCCGGAGUCACGCUCAAACGCACUCUCAAGCAAAGUUGCUUCAGGAAGAGAGCACUCACAUGUAAUGCAACCUUAUAUAAACGAUCACAGCGCUGCAGAUUUAACCAGGGAGACCUUAACCCCCUUGGCUCGUCCCUCGACCCCAGGAAAGCCCCAACCUUCAAACUCGCCAAGUUUAAAAGAAACGAAAAACAAAAUUUCAGAUUCAACAGUUACUGGCAGUAUCAAUGUUAAGUCUAACAGUUCUCCGAAAAUUGUCAAGAAGACUGUAGGUUCCAAGCGGAAGGAAACGAUUUGCCCUUCUCUGGAAAAAACGAAUGAUUCACCAGUGUUUCACCCCAGCGAAGAGGAAUUCAGGGACCCUGUUGCCUACAUUAAGAGGAUACGCUGCGAUGCUGAGAAGUUUGGUGUGUGUGUCAUAGUUCCUCCUGACUCAUGGAAGCCUGAGUUUCAGGUCCCUGAGAGUGUGCGGUUUAAUAGCGAGUGUCAGCUCAUACACAGACUUCAAGACAGGUGGGGUCCUGUAGAGGAGGAAUUAGCCUGCAUCAAGAAACAUCUGGAUCAGCAGUCUAUAUCAAUUGUGCCCAUGCCUCAGAUUGGAGGAUAUGAACUUGAUCUACCUCAGUUUUCCAGAGUGGUGAAACAAUUUGGUGGACUGCAGAAGGUAAUUGACAGCAAGAAAUGGACGAAAAUCGCCGAAAUAUUGAAAAUACCGCGGGCGACUCAAGACCGCAUAGGGAAACUUCAAGAUAUCUACUGCAAAUAUUUACUCUCAUACGAUCUUUUACCAAAGGAUGAAAAAGAUGAGUUGUUGCGGGAGGUUCAGUCGGAGAAGGAAAACAGUUCUACUAGUGCAGACCAAGACGCAGCAGCUGCCUGGUCUGUGAAGGGCCGCAGUUUAGCCUUAGUACCGUUUCAAAGAAUUGCGCGUAACGUGCAGGGACAUUUCUUCAAGAAUCCGCCUUCAGUUAACGAAGUAGAGCGGGAAUUCUGGAGGUUUGUUCAUAACCGUGAAACUUAUGUAUCGGUUCACCGUGGAACUGUGGACACAAACCAUGAGGACAGCUGCUUCCCAACUGACAAAGGAAAUCCGUAUGCAAAGCUUGGUUGGAAUUUGAAUGUUCUUCCGCAUCUGCCUGGUUCGGUUUUGAAGCACAGAACAACGAGUGGAAAACGUGUACAUUGUUUUCACCACUAUGACGUAAAUUUUGUGUUUUUUCAGCGGGAAUUCUGGAGGUUUGUUCAUAACCGUGAAACUUAUGUAUCGGUUCACCGUGGAACUGUGGACACAAACCAUGAGGACAGCUGCUUCCCAACUGACAAAGGAAAUCCGUAUGCAAAGCUUGGUUGGAAUUUGAAUGUUCUUCCGCAUCUGCCUGGUUCGGUUUUGAAGCACGUGGGAUUUGUUCAAGACGUAACAGUCCCUUGGGUUCAGUUGGACAUGAUCUUCUCAGUAAAGCCGUGGCAGACUCAUCCACUCGCACUGUACACCGUGGAAUAUCUACACAGCGGUGUCGACAAAAUCUGGUACAGUGUUGCUGCUGGGGAAAAGAACAAAUUCGAAUCUCUUUAUGGUCAAGAGGACAGCGGAGCUACUGAAACAGUACGAGUUGAUAAGAUGGUUUCUCCCAGCAGUCUGACUGACAGUGGACUCACAGUUACAAGAGUGGUGCAGAAACAGGGACAGUUCGUGAUCGUCUUUCCUGAAGCUUACUACAGUAGUGUCAGCUGCGGUUACUCCAUCUCAGAAGCAGUGGCCUUUGCUCCCCCUGACUGGGUGGUGCUUGGGUCUAAACGAUACAAGAACUUGCAGGGCACCUCGUGGUGGAGCGAGUUCGCAUUUGAAAAGCUGCUGCUUGGCUUGGCCAAAGAGCUAACUGAUGAGAAUCAGGAAGUUCUCCAGUGUUUACUUACAGAACUAAAAUCUUUAAGGUAAGCAGUAUUUUAAGUUUUAAAUUGUACUUAAGGUAAUUCCUCUG